AGAUCUGCCGGGAGUGAAUAAAAGGAGAUGGGGACUCCGACGGAGGGAGAGCAGGCGUCUGUUUGAUCAGAAGGAGAUUCUAGUCACUCAGGAAAGACGCAGCAGCUCCUGAAGAUGUGGAAGGUCUUUGUCAUGGUGCUCCUGUGUGCCACGCUGGUGUCGGCCUCGUGUCCAGAGGACUGCCGGUGUCCUCCAGAGGUCCCCAGAUGUGCAGCCGGAGUCGGCCUCGUGCUCGGUGACUGUGGAUGCUGCAGGGUUUGUGCACGGCAGCUCUUUGAGGACUGCAGCAAGACGCAGCCAUGUGACACCGCAAAGGGCCUGGAGUGCAACUUUGGAGGCGGUUCAGCAAAGGGCAUCUGUCGAGCCAAAUCAGACGGGAGAACUUGUGAGUACAACAGCAAGAUCUACCAGAACGGAGAAACCUUCCGUCCAAACUGCAAACACCAGUGCACCUGCCUGGACGGCGCCGUCGGGUGCGUGUCGCUGUGUCCACGCGAGCUGUCGCUGCCCAAACUGGGCUGUGCCAAGCCGAGGCGGGUCAAAGUGCCGGGGCGGUGCUGCGAGCAACUUGUCUGCCCCGAGGGCACAAAGACAGACGGCUCCGGUGCAAAGAAGAACAGGAGAAAGAACAGCAAAGACAAAACAUCUGAACACGACCUCCUUAGGAAGAACGAGUUGGCUCCUGUGUGGAGGGGAGAUCCAGAACCUUCUCCUGGAAGUCAUCUAAGCGGCCCAACGACUACCAGAGGAGUCCAGUGUGUGUCCCAAACCACAGCUUGGUCACCGUGCUCCAAAUCCUGCGGCGCCGGCAUUUCCACCAGAGUGACCAACAGAAACGUCCGCUGCAAACUGGUGAAAGAAACUCGGAUCUGUGAGGUCCGGCCCUGCAAACAGCUCACCUUGAAGAAAGGUCAGAAAUGCAACCACGCGGUGAAGGCCAGCCACCCGGUCAAACUGUCCUACGCAGGCUGCCGUAGCCUGAAGAAGUUCCAGCCGAAGUACUGCGGCUCCUGCUCAGACGGGCGACGCUGCCGGCCGCACAGGACCCAGACGCUGCCGGUCCGAUUCCAGUGCAGGAACGGAGACGGCUUCAGGAGGAUGGUGAUGAUGGUCGAGUCCUGCAAGUGCAGCCUCGACUGCGAAAAGACGCUCGACCUCGACAGACUCUUCAACGACGUCCACAAACUGAAGAUGUAGAGACUCGUCUGGAGGGAACGCUGCUGUUCAGGAAUUCUGCUUCAUAACAUUGGAGCCUUUUUAGGUUUUGCUUCUUUGGGAAGCUGCUUUAGUUAAACCAAAACUUCACAUCAACAUAUUUAAGCCUCUCUCCACAAAUCCCGACAACAUGGAAACGACAUAAAAAAACCCAAACAAACUCUGGCAGCUAAUGGAUGCGUCUUUACGCAGCAUGUCGCCAUGUUCCUGUUGAUUUACUGUACUUGUUGAUUUUAUUUAUAAGGAUUUAUGUUUCAUAUAUUGCUUAAUGUAUUGUUAUAUUUAAUGUUAAUGAUGGAAUAUUGUACAGUUUAUCAUCUCUACACUUGCUUGUCUGUGCAAAAAAAUAACCAGAACUUUGACUAAAGGCCGGUCACAAACGCUUCUGUAUGCAAACUGGUCGACGAACUGCCUCUUUGUAAAUGUUCAUGAUUCAAUGUUUGUCUAAUAAAUAGAAAGAAAACUGAA